AUGCCAAGGUCGAUUCCAAGCGCUGAGGACCGGGAGAACCUGUUCGACACGCGCCACUCACCCAAACUUCCGCCGGCACCUUCACCCGAGCCGCAGGAGAAACAGCCUGGACACUCAGAUGCGUCGCCGACGUCGCAGGGAAAUGAGCGAGCCGUGAUGUCAGAUCGCCCAAAAGCCGCAGGAGAGGGCAAGCAGCCUCUGCAAGACCCGAGGAUUCUGGCCUUCAGCAGGAGCGCCUCGAGCUCCCCUGGUGGCAGCGGGAAGUCGGUCGGGGGGCUUGCAUCCCAUGCUCGGGACCAGUCGAGCAGUACGCCCGAGACUGCACGCAGCAGUGGUGAUGAUGGAGCGAGCCCGCUGGAGUCUAACUCCCCCAGGUCCUCCAUGGACUCUGCCAGCCAGCUCAGCCAGUAUCGCGAGAAGCUGGCCAGGGAGAUUCAGCGGCAAGGUCUCGGCGCAAAGCAGGGCCCAAGCACCGGCCCAACAGCCAAACAGAGGGUGGUCACCCCCGGCUUCGUCGCCAAGACACCGUCAUACCCGUUCCCCCGGAUGGCCAGCAACCCCGGAUACGUCCCUUCGUCUUUGCAUAGGCCUUUCACGACGUUAUCACCGACCGGAGCGGCGUACGAAUUGUCUUCCAUGUCGGCUGCGGGAACUCCCGGCCAUGGCGCCUCUCGACCGCAGGAUAAGAUCUUGUCCAACCCAUCAACGCCUGCAUCUACGAUAACAUUCCAGCCCACUGGUGCGGCCCACGCAGGUGAUGACCCGGACUUUCCCACCCCGAAUCUUUACGACUUGUCGUUGAUGAUGUCGGCCGAACCGGGGCUGGAGGCCUGGUGGAAGACUGUUGUGCACAUCAUGACCGUUUGCUUCAAGGCUGAGAGGCUGACAUUGUCCGUACCCGCUGACUCAACUGACCUGGAAAACGUUCCGUGGGGCCAGAAAGCAACCUACAACGCACGGCCAGAAGAUAGUUUGAGCAUGGAAUACAUGGCCAGGGGUAGUAGUCUCGUACCCAGCAGCAUAGGUGACGUCUCUGAGAUUGUGUCAUCGAUGGAUGAGGACACCCUACGGCUGCAGGCCCCAUCACGCCCCCACAUUCAUACUCGCCACUCUUUUACGGCGUUUGAAGAAGAGAAACAAAAGGAUACGUCAUCAGCCAAGCCGCGACCUUUGUUCAAAAGACCGGGCGUUUUGGCCCGCAGCAGGAGUACGUAUCCUGAGACUCCGACACCGCACACGGGAUUGAACCAACGAGCCUUGGAAGAGCACGAUGCAGGAGCACCAGAACUGGCUGGUGUAUGGGAUGCGCCUGCGCCGGAGAGGGAGACACAAGGGAGAGUUUUUGAACUGCUGCAAGCCUUAGACUACGAGGCGGAUCCGCUGAUCGACCACCACGGCGUGACAAAAGUGCUGGAGCGAGGGCGCGUGAUUGCCCUGACACGAAGCUACCCAUACCUCGAGGAUGUGUCCCAGACCAAAGCCACGGACACCAAGGCACCUGGUCGUCCUCACUCGCCGGACGGCCUCAGAAAAAAGGGCAGGUGGAUACGGCACGACUCUUCCACGAAGUUGUCUAACAUCCUGAGCUCAGCCCAUCCCAUAAGGAGUCACCCUAAUGAAAGGAGGGCUACGCAAAAUAUUGACAAGAUGAUUUCUGAAGGAGAGCCUAGACGACCACCGACUCCGAAGUAUGAGGAGUAUGAGCAAGCACCCCCAUCUCCCUGGUCACAGUCGCCGGCUCCCUCGCCUGCAAUCCGAGCUGAUCCGAAGGAUAAUCCUUUCUUCACCGAGGCCAUAGUCGACGAAUCAUCUUUCGAUCCCACUCAGGGGACUCCAGACUACGCUGCAAUAGGGCCACAAGAGGCCAUCGGGGUAGACAAUGCUUGGACUGUUCUGCAUAUUCCCUUGAGACACCCACUCCUCUCGAAGCCAUCCAGCGGGUUCAAACUGGACACUACGCUCAUGGAGCAAAGGUCGUCACGUCGCGGGAAGGAGAACGCUCCAGAUGCUGAGAAGCAAAUCGACCCGGACGCAUUCCGGAAAGAGAAGCAAACCCCCGUGGCCAUCCUGUCCAUACUCAGCCCCACCAUCCCCUACCCGUCCAAUCUUCGCUACUCGCUAGAGCAUCUGUCACCGCAUCUCGCAACCUCAUUUGCGCUGUGCCGCCAUUAUAGCAAUCUGGAAGCCGAAGUCAGUAGAAUGCAUCACCGGAGGCCAAGAGUCGCUGGAUUCGGCGCCGUGGAUCCCGAGGGCCGACCGAUUACAGAUCCAGCAAUCAUUAACUACGCAGCCCCUGAGGAGGCUGCAGACAACUCGUUGGCUGGAAGCAUGACAAGCCCGAGUGAGUACUCUACGCAGUCACGAAGCGUGACGGGCACUCCUGGGGGCACACCAGGCUGGGAGUCCGCUGGCUUUGGGACCAUGAUGGAUAAACGACCUCCGGUCUCAAGCCCCGCGCCUGUGGGCGGUGACAGCUACUUCACAACCAAGUCCAAAGCGAACAGCAAGUCCGAAUUUUCCUCUGCUAUACAACAGCGGGUCAGACGCAAUUCCAGGAGCAGCACGACGUCAGAGAAGCGCUCCUCCUUACGAUUAUCUGGUGGAAUGUCAACGGAGUCUGGUCAUUUCAGCCCCGAUGUCAACGAGGAUGACAUACCUGCAGAACCUGCGAUCAAGGCACCAGAGGACACCGCCCAAGCAGCCUCCACGAAGCGUGUGACGGGGAAGGAAGCACCAUCAGAAAGCAAAGAAGACAAACCAGUCGAGACCAAGGGAACCAGGGCGUCAUUUCAGACCCCUCAUCGCCAUGUCAAGCUCCAUUCUUAUGGGGGAGACUUUGCUACAACCUUUCAAUCAUUGCCUCCGGGCUCGACCAUUCCCAUAAGGGGUACACCAUCUCGAGCCGACACCAUGCCCACAAAUACCUCUGAGAUGGCUUUGCCUACGGACAAGCUGAAGGACCUUAUCCUAGAUUCCAUACCAGCGCAGCUCUUUGUGACUCUGCCAAGGACUGGCGAGAUUGUCUGGGUGAACAGUCGUUAUCUUGCCUACCGUGGGCAGUCUCUGGCAGAGCUUCACGCAGAUCCCCAUGCAAGUUUUCAUCCGGAUGAUCGUGAGACCUAUCUCAAAGCUUGGGGUCGUGCAGUAAAGACGAGUACGGACUUCCAGAUGAAUGUGCGGAUUCGCCGGUUUGAUGGGGCUUUUCGAUGUUUCUCGGCAAGGGUUGUUGCGUGCAAGAACAAGCGCAACGAAAUCGUCUACCAUCUGGGUUCAUACACGGACAUCCAUGAACAGACCAUGGCGGAGCUCAAGGUUGUCCGGCAGCAGGAAAUCGAGGCCUCAGAAGCCAAAUACAGAUUCCUCGCGAACCUGAUCCCACAAAUCAUUUUCACCGCCACCGAGGAUGAGGGAAUAACUUUUGCCAAUGAGCAGUGGCUCGCUUACACUGGGCAGAGCGAAGGCGAUGCUCUGGGCCUAGGAUUCAUGGACUACGUGCACCCUGACGAUCUGGCCAAAUGUCGGAUACCCUCAGGCCAGCAUUCUGGAACACCACCGCUCGGUCGGGCCAGGAUGGGCAAGAGAAGCCAAGAGGGGCACAAGGACAACAAGCCAUCCGAGCAUUCAACCCCAAAGAACACGACCCAUGUUGAGAGCAACAUACGGGGUGUGCACCACCCGCUUUCUCGACAGAAUAGCUCAAGCAGCGACUCGGUCUAUGAACUCCCUUCUGCAAAUUUGACCGAGCUGGCCAAGGAUGGCGUCGUCAAGGUGGGAACGGAUAGCAACGGCAGGUUGUCAUACUCGACCGAAAUCCGGCUUCGUACAAAGACUGGUGAAUAUCGAUGGCACCUCGUACGCUGUGUCGAGAUUGACAACAUUGGGAAUGGUAGUAGUUCUUCUUACUUUGGGUCGGCAACAGACAUCAAUGACCACAAGCUGCUUGAGGCGAAGCUGAAGGAGGCCAUGGAAUCAAAGAGCCGCUUCUUGAGCAACAUGUCGCACGAAAUCAGAACACCACUGAUUGGGAUCUCGGGCAUGGUCAGCUUCCUCCAGGACACCACUUUGAACGAGGAGCAGCGAGACUACACAAACACCAUUCAAACCAGCGCGAACAGUCUGCUGAUGAUCAUCAACGACAUCCUUGAUCUUUCAAAGGUAGACGCCGGCAUGAUGAAGCUCAACCACGAGUGGUUCCAUACGCGUGCUCUGAUCGAAGACGUGAAUGAGCUGGUCUCGGCCAUGGCUAUUGCUAGGAGACUGGAGCUGAACUACAUUGUCGAAGAGGAUGUUCCGACGUGGGUCAAGGGCGACAGAGUGAGAAUCAGACAAGUGCUUCUGAAUGUGAUUGGCAACGCAAUCAAGUUUACCGACACUGGUGAGGUUUUCAGCCGAUGUAGAGUCAGGACUGAUGCGUCAGGGCUCGGUGAACGGCAGGUCAUGCUCGAAUUUGCAGUGAUCGACACCGGAAGGGGCUUUACAGAAGAGGAAUCGAAGCUCAUCUUCAAACCGUUCAGUCAGAUUGACGGCAGCAGUACAAGAGCCCAUGGCGGCAGCGGUCUUGGGCUCGUCAUCUCACGACAGCUUGUGGAACUUCACGGCGGAAAGAUGGACGGCACAGCUGUGCCGGGACGGGGUGCGACCUUCACAUUCACGGCCAAGUUUAGCUUGCCGACGGCGGAUGACCACCCCGACGUACCCACCAGCCCACAGCUACCACAUACUCCUGCCGUCCUUGAGGAUAUCCCCACUCAACCAUUCCGGCAGUUCACCAUCACAAAGCAUCGCUCUUCCACGGCUGCUAGCCCAAGUCAUGCCGAGCAGGAAUCCUCCCCGGCCGUCGCAUCCAGUGGAAGCUCGAACCCGUCCGUGACAUCGACCGGAACGCGUGUUACGGGAAGAUCGUCAAUCUCGUCCGUGAAUGUCGGUCUGGCCCGGUUCAGCGAGGCUGCUAGGGCCAGUGGGCAGGAUCUAACCCAGAUGAAGUUGGAGAUGCCAUCAGGGCGAACUUCACCCGGGCAAACGCCAACUCCCGAAAAUCCGGGCAAGGUCGUGGCUGCCAAAGAGUUCCGCCCGCCGAUGUUUUCAAUUCUGGUGAUCUGCCCUCAAAAGUACAGCCGUGAGGCCACCACGCAGCACAUCGAGAUGACUUUGCCGAAGGAUGUGCCUCAUCAGAUCACCGCACUUGCGAGUGCCCAAGAAGCCAAGCAACUGAUCAGUCGCGACGACCCGGUCAUCUUCACACACAUACUCAUCAACCUUGCGUCUUCCGAAGAGGUCCUAUCAUUGAUGAGCGAGAUCAGCAGUUCGACAUUGCUCACCAAGACAAAAGUCGUCUUGUUGUCUGACUCCCUCCAGCGACAAGCUCUGACGAAGCUCGUCGAGGACAAGAAUCUCGCGGAGGUGAUCUCGGAUAGCAGAGUCACCUAUGUCUACAAGCCGGUGAAACCAUCACGCCUGGCUGUCGUUUUCGAUCCGGCCAAGGAGGGAGAUAUGAGCGUGGACCGUAAUCGGUCCACCGCCCAGCAGAUAGUCGAGACGCAGAAGAAGAGCUACCAGGAGGUUGAAAAGCGAAUGGGAAACAAGGGCUACAAGGUGCUACUUGUUGAAGACAACCCCGUGAACCAAAAGGUCCUCAAGAAGUACCUGAUCAAGGUUGGGUUGGAGGUUGAAUUAGCUGCAGACGGCGAGGAGUGCACAAACAAGGUUUUCGGCCAUGAUCAUGGCUUCUACUCCUUGAUACUGUGCGAUCUUCACAUGCCCCGGAAGGACGGCUACCAGGCGUGUCGCGAAAUCAGAGUCUGGGAAGCCAAGAACAAGCAUGGCCAUAUGCCCAUCAUUGCACUCUCUGCGAACGUCAUGUCAGACGUGCAGGAGAAGUGCGUCGAGGCAGGCUUCAGUGACUACGUCACGAAACCAGUGGACUUCAUCGACUUGUCAACAGCGUUGUCAAAGUUCUUUUGA